GUUUGGAAGAGGACACACAGCGCAGUUGCCUUCUUUUUUUUUCCUGGGAGCUGACUUGCCAGCAAAGAAGUAUGACCCAAGUUUGAUGUUUGUGUCUGCCUCCCCAAGGCAGAGGGAUCAUCUCCUUAGAAGGCAUCGGUACUAUGCGUGUUAUGAAUUGUGUCUCCCUGGCCAGCGAUAAAGGAAAUGGGAAUAUCGCCACCGCAGCUGACUUCAUGAUCGGGCAGACGUCACCACCAUCUCUUCCACCACCUCCACCCCCUCCCCCUCUGCCAUGUCCUCACUCUGGGGGAGCCCUGUCCUCCUCCCCUCCCCCGCCUCCUCCGCUCCCUCCUGGACCCCCUCUGGCUCCUCACCCCGACAGCUUCGGCUCCCUGGGGAAGAAGAAGCGGAUGAGGAGCUUUUUCUGGAACACCAUUCCGGAGGAGCAAGUUCGUGGCAAGGCCAACAUCUGGACCCUGGCUGCCCAGGAGCAGCAUCACUUCCAGAUUGACACGAAGACCAUAGAGGAGCUCUUUGGGCAGCAAGAAGACACACCAAAGCCUUCCCUCCCCAAGAGAGGAGGGCCGCUGAGCUCAUCCUUCAAGGACGCUCGAGAUGAGGUUACCAUCCUGGAUGCAAAACGGAACAUGAACAUUGGGAUAUUUCUCAAACAAUUUAAAAAGUCUCCGCAGUCCAUUGUAGAAGAUAUUCAUCAAGGAAAGAGUGAGGAUUAUGGAUCAGAGACCUUGCGAGAAUUUCUUAAGCUUUUGCCCAAAUCAGAAGAGGUAAAGAAGUUAAAAGCCUUCAGUGGCGAUAUGUCCAAGCUCUCCCUCGCAGAUUCCUUCCUACAGUGCUUGAUUCAGGUGCCAAACUAUUCACUUCGGAUUGAAGCCAUGGUGCUAAAGAAGGAAUUUUUACAUUCUUGUUCUUCUCUGUACACUGAUAUGACAGUUUUAAGAAGUGCUACAAAAGAGCUGAUGUCGUGUGAGGCUCUGCACUCAAUAUUACACUUGGUGCUCCAGGCUGGGAAUAUCAUGAAUGCAGGAGGAUAUGCUGGCAAUGCAGUAGGAUUUAAACUGUCUUCUUUGCUCAAAUUGGCAGACACUAAAGCCAACAAACCUGGGAUGAACCUUCUGCAUUUUGUUGCACAGGAAGCCCAAAAGAAAGAUGCCACCCUUCUACACUUUUCUGAAAAGUUGUAUCACGUUCAUGAGGCUGCUAGAUUAUCGCUGGAUAACACAGAGGCAGAACUGAAGUCGCUGUCUGUCAGGACGAAAUCGCUGCAGGAGAACAUAAAGCGGGACGGGGAGCUCCGUCAGCAGAUGGCAGAUUUCCUGCAGUUUGCCAUGGAAAAGCUGGCGGAGCUGGAACAGUGCAAAGAGAAGCUCUGGCGGGAGGCGCACACCCUUAUCGAUUUUUUCUGUGAAGACAGAGAAACCAUGUCCCUGGAUGAGUGCGUCCAGAUAUUUAGAGACUUCUGUACCAGGUUCAACAAAGCAGUGAAGGACAACCGGGAGCGGGAGGUCCAGGAGUUGCGGCAGCGGCAGCGGCUGAAAGCCAUAGAACAGAAGCAGCAUUGCUGGGCGACCGGCGAGCUCGGGGGCUUCGUCCGCAGCAGCAGCGAGACCGACAUGCAACUGCUGACCAAGAAGGGCACCGAGGACCUGUCCCCGUUCACGCACCUGAGGCCCGACAGCCCCUCCUUGCGGCCCCCCAACACCCGCCGCUCCCGCCACUCCCUGGGCGUCUCUGCUGACCGCGAGCUGCUGUCCUUCCUGGAGAGCGCCACCGGGGAAGGCCCGGACGAGCCCAAGUUCAACACCCUGCCCUGGAGGGGCCGGCGGCAGUCGAGGCCCCCGAUUGCCGGCGUGCAGCCUGGGGACGGAGGGGACCCCACCUUUGCACACAGACCUCAGGCCUCCCCGGCGGGCCGGGAGCAGGCGCCCCCGCCCGAGCAGCAGGCCCCCGCCGUCCCCCGAGCGCGGCACAGGGCCGGCGCCCUCCGGAAGAGGAGCAGCGAGCCCGCGGGGCUGGGGGCCGCAGGGACCCCUUCGCUCCCGGGCCUGGCCCUGGGCGUUCAGGAGCACGAGCUGGUGACGGGGCUGGCCCGGUUCAGCCUGGAGGACCCCAGGGGCCCGCAGGAGACCGCGCGGCCGCCCCCGAAUGCUGCUGGCCCGGGGCCGUGCCCGGGGCCCGGGAGGGCGCCCCCGAGGAGCCCCGACCCCGCCGAGGGCAGAGCCGGGGAGCACGGCUCCCCCAGACGGCGCGGCUCGGCCCGGACCGCGCUGGGGAGGAUGCUCGACCCCUUGUGGAAGUGAGGGGGCCACCUCCUGGCGCUCGCACGCUGACCACCGACAUCCGCAGCAGCGGCGGGGAGGCUGCGGUGAGCAGGGUGUGCUAAAGGUUCCGGGGACCCCUGCUGCGAAGUCAGCCUGGGUGUGCGUGUACCCACCUCGCGCACAGCUGGACCCCUGCUCGGCUCCUUCCCUCGGAACACAGGUCCGCGAGAGAUGCAGAAGAUGAUGCUCCUAUGUAAUAAGUGCAAAACAAAUUUCUGGCCAGUUUUUAUACAUCAAAGACUUGACUUUUAUUUUGUUUUGUUUUGUUUUGUUUGUGUGAGACAGGGUCUCACUAUGUAGCCAGUUCAGGCUGGCCU